AUGAAGUACCACACCCCAACAAAGACCAUAUUCUCUAUACCACCACCAGUCUUUACACCACCACCAGUAUUCUCUAUACCACCACUGUUCUCUACACCACCACCAGUCUCUAUACCGCCACCAGUCUCUAUACCGCCACCAGUCUCUGUACCACCACCAGUCUCUACACCACCACCAGUCUCUAUACCACCACCAGUCUCUGUACCACCACCAGUAGUCUCUAUACCACCACCAGUCUCUAUACCACCACCAGUCGUCUCUGUACCACCACCACCAGUCUCUACACCACCACCAGUCUCUAUACCACCACCAGUCUCUAUACCACCACCAGUCUCUGUACCACCACCAGUAGUCUCUAUACCACCACCACCAGUCUCUAUACCACCACCAGUCUCUGUACCACCACCAGUAGUCUCUAUACCACCACCAGUCUCUGUACCACCACCAGUAGUCUCUAUAGCACCACCAGUCUCUAUACCACCACUGUUCUCUACACCACCACCAGUCUCUAUACCACCACCACCAGUCUCUAUACCACCACCAGUCUCUGUACCACCACCAGUCUCUGUACCACCACCAGUCUUUACACCACCACCACCACACACCUACCGGGAGUUCCACCAUCACAGUGUGUCAAAGAAGAUUCAUAGCCUCUUUGGUCCCCUCUAA